GAAAAGCACUGGUUCGUCUUCAACUUCAACGACGCAAUCAUGGCGUUUGCUCUUUUCUUCACGCAGCUCCUCUGUGAGUAUGUUCCCACGAACUCCGAGGCUCUCCAGGCAGCCUCGCAGUGGGGGGAUUUUGCGUGGUUGAUCUUCCCGAUUUUCUACUUCCUUGGAGUGGCCAUCAUGUUUGAGAUUCUGUUGGCCUUCACGGUGGAAGCUUACAUCGAGCUUCGC